GUAAAAAAUAAAAAGAAGAUAAUAAAAAUUACAUUUUGAGAUGACAGAAUUUCUGAUACGUUUUUUACAUUGAAACUAGUGUGUGAUACUGUGAUUGAUAAUAAUUGUAACAUAAAAUUGUCAUGAAAUCGUUUUGUGAGAGAUGAGCGUCUUCGGGGAUUUUCAACGUGUGUGGGUGCAACGAUUUCCUGAAAGUGCCUUGCCAGCCGCUUGGGAAGAAGAUGUCAGGGCCAAUUUGGCAAAACAUAAACAGAAAGUAGCUAUACUUAGAGAAGAAUUGGAGAAGGAGGAAUUUUACGUUGAAUAUUUGGAGACAUUGCUGUCAGAUGUUGAGAAGCAUAAAGCAGCUGCUCAAAGCAAUAGGGCGGCGCCGCCCUCUGGGACUGACACCAAUGACGAUAAGACUCCUGAUAGCAAACAGGAAUCAAAUACAGAUUCACUGUCAAAGAAGAGUGAAAUUAGUUUGACAAGUAGUAAUAAUGAAGAACUUACUAAUGAACCAUUAGAGACUGAAGAGGUGCAUCUCAGGCCAAAGCCAGUGCAUAUCGGAGAGAGGAGUUCUGUUAACCAAUGCAUCACUGAGCUCUCUACAAAUCUAGCUGUAGAGGCCAGGAGAAGGUGUAAUAGUGAAGUGGUACAAAGAACUGAACCAGAAAAUGAUAGUAAUGCUGUAGAACAAAAAAGUCCAACUAAUGCUAAAAACCGUCCAAUGUCUCAAACUGGUGAUUUUGUAACAGUAAUUGAAGUAAAUGGUCUGAAAGCGGCUGAGAAUGCAUCUAAAAAGACUGAGAAUUCACCGCAAUCACCUGAAAGUGCUACUGCGGAUUCAACAGUAGCAGCUAAGAAAAAAGUCCCACCAAAGCCUCCACCGAAAGUGUUCAGCAAACGUGGUGCAUCAUUACCAGAAAGUGGCCUUCCAGAAGACAGCCCUCCUUCCUCGCUGGGACGAAGACUUCGGAAUGCUGAAUCCCGAGAGUCUAUAGCCAGCCGGGCUUCUACUCCCUCAAUAAGUGAAAGGGUAAAAAGCUAUGAAUCGAUAAAUUCCUUGUCUUCUGAACGUAAACGCUCGGGAGGUGCUGCUACUCCGAGGUCAAUAGAUGAGGAAAUAACCUCAACUACACCGGACUUACCUGAGGGGAAUGAUGCUGACAAAUCAGCCCCCGUCUCACUGGAGAGUAUUCCAGCGGCAGUUCCUACCAAUGAGGAUGAACCAUAUUACGAUCAAGUACCAGUUGAUAUAAAUGAUGGAGAAUAUGUUUAUAUACAAGCAGGUGGUACGGGUUCGAGUGAAGAUGCGUCGAGUGGCACCAGCACGCUGCCGCUGAGCGGGCACUACCACUGUAAAAUUUCCAGGCAAGGCGGGGAGGCGGAUCCCGGUGAACCGGGCUCAGAAUUAGCAGACUCAAGCGACACUCCGCUACUGCUUCGAACGAUUUCCUCCGACACAGAAGCAAGCGCAACACCGCCUGUGUUGAGGAAACUUCAGCAUCAGGAGUCGAAUACGAGCAGCAAUGCUGAAGCGGAGCGGCUCACGAUGCACCGCUGCAUCGUCACCAGUAUUAUUGAAAGCGAAACGGUCUACGUCGAGUGUCUAUACGUCAUGGAAAAGUAUAUGAAUGCAAUAAAAGCGACGCUAUCGACUUCGCAACCUGUGAUAACGGAAGAGGAGUUCAACACGAUAUUCUACAAGAUAUCCGAGCUGCAUGAACUGCACAAGAACUUUCUAGAAGGACUCAAAGCGGCCGUGUCCAGUUGGGAGGAGCCGCUCUCUGUUGGCAUACACUUCAAAAAGAUGGCGGAGAACAUAAACGUGUACGGUGCGUUCCUGCACAACUACGGGCGCGCGACGGACGCGGUGCGGCGCCGCUGCGGCAGCUCGCCGCGCUUUGCGGACCUCACGCGACAGAUCGCGUGCCGCGGACAGCCCAUGUCGUUAGACGACCUGCUGCACAAACCCGUCGCCAGGGUGCAGAAGAACGCGCUCGUGCUGCAUGAUCUCAUAAAAUAUACACCCGCUAGUCACCCGGAUCACGCCAUGUUGACGGACGCCUUGAAUAUGACGCAGCAUUUCCUCGAUGAAUUCAACAUUAUACAGACAAAAUCCCUGUUCCCCAACGCGGACCGUGCUCAAAGACGACUCGUGAAGAACUCCUUUAUUGUGGAGUUAUCGGAUGGACACAGAAAACUGAGGCAUUUGUUCCUCUUUAAUGACGUCAUCGCUUGUGCCAAAUACAAGGCGUCAGGUCGCGAUAAGUUCACGUUCGAGUUGAAAUGGUUCAUCCCGCUGCCGGAGGUGGUGGUGGUGGAGGAGGAGAUAAGCGCGUGCGUACGCGAGGUGGAGCGGCGCGGCAUACACGAGGUGGGCGUGUACCGCGUCUCCGGCAGCGCCUCGGACCUUAACCGGCUUAAAAAGAGCUUCGAGACAAAUGCAUACGAGGCGGAGCAGCUGCUGAAGGAGGUGGACAUUCACUCGGUGACUGGUGUACUCAAGCUGUACUUGCGCGAACUGCCCGAAGCGCUCUUCACCGACGCACUUUAUCCCGAGCUGCUGCGAGCCUGGGGAUCCGCACAGGGUGUGGGCACGUCAGUGGACUCUGGUCCGGCGCACACGCGGCGACACGCCCUGCUCAAGUGCUACGCGCAGCUGCCGGACCUCAACAAGAACUGCAUCGACUUCCUGCUCAACCAUUUCGUAAAGGCCGGCAUCCUCUACUGCCUGCUGCAGCAGCGCCAGCUCGCCGCGCACCUCUCCUCGCACUCGCACCACCGCGCACCCACACACACACUAGACUAGGAACUAACACAAUUCAAUGCAAAUGACAAAUUGUAACACACGUUUCUUAUACAAUAUUUUGCCCUUAUAAGGCUGUAGUUACAGACUUAAUAAAAUCAGUUUUUUUUUCUAUCAUCUACAUCUAACGCGGAUAUUAUCCACCCUUUGUAGUCUAAACGGCUGAACGAAUUUCGAUGAAUUUUGGUAUAGAUGUAGAGGAUAGUCUGGAAGAACAUAGCUAC